ACAUUGAGAUCAUAAGAACGCAUGAGCGGAACUCGAUCGGUGGCAGUUCUGAAAUUAAAAGAAAGAUCAUAGCCAUUUUUGUAUAACGCGAAACCAUGGAAGAGUUGAACUCUGUCGAAGUGAGCUCCAGCCUACACCUUACAGGGACCGACAUCUCCUCUAUUUCAUUACCUCUCUCUCUCUCUCUAGCGGCGAAAAUGGCGAAGGUUGCUUGGUUUCUUUUGUUAGCUUCUCUUCUCUUCGUCUCUACUUCUGCUGAUAUUCGAACUGUAGUUAAAGUAACAAAUAACCCAGCUGACAAGCUUGUAGUAGUGCUUAAUGACAAUAGAACUGCACACAAGUUAUCAGCGCUCCGCGACAAUCCGGGCCUGGGCUGCAUUGCUUUGCAGUACAUAAAAGCAUAUCAGGGUCAUUGUGAUCAAGUGGGAGGCUCAAAUGCCAAGAAACCAGCUGAUUCUUUAUUUGCUGAAACCUUUGCUCCAAACUGUGGCGUUCAGGUCUCAACCCUCUCCACCAUUACUGGCCGUUUACUUGGCUGCCAGUCUGAUUAUGUCCACCCUCCUAAAGCAUUUUCCGAUGUUUUGAUGCUAAACAACAAGAGCUUGGAAAUCUUAUACAGUAAGAACCACACUGAAGUGGGAGCUGCUGUGACUGGCACUGAUGGUGGGUCUCCCUAUUUCUGGUGUGUGCUGUUCAGCGGUGGCAAACCUAACAGCAGCUUUGUUCUGGAGGGAGGUGUGGCGAAGAUAACAAGACCUGGGUGCUUCAGUGGUGCCAAUGAUGAAUGCAGCGGGGCUGAGGAUCCAUUCCGAGAUCGACGUCUAUGGUCAUACGCCAUCAGCGGUUUGAUUGCUCUGAAUUAUGCCUUUGGGUUAUGAUUCAUGUCCCCAGGUUCUUUUGCAGCUUGAUUUGAGAGGGACUCUAUUUUUUGUUUUGUUAUUGUAUUGGAUGGCUCGGCCUCUGUAAUUCAUCCUGUAUUCCUCAUUGUUUGUUGUUACUGUAAUCGUUCGUACACGUCUGUACCAAUUCCACCACCACUCUUCUCAUUCAGUUAAUUCUUGACGAUAAAUCUUCCUAAA